AUGCAAUUUGAGAGAAUACUAUUAUUUUUUACAAUCUUCAUAUCUUCAGUAUUUGGAUUAGCAGAUCAAGGUGAUGGAGGAGGAGCCAAAACAAGUGAACAAACAAUAGUCUGGAUAACAACAACAAUAAGUGGUCAAUUAACAACGGUUUCAGUAUUGUAUACUCAAUCAUUUAUGUCUACAUAUUCUGAAGCUCAAACUGAAGGAAUAAGUAGUGGUAAUGUUGGUUUAGGAUCAAUUAGUGGCUCAAUCGGAUCACAUAGAUCUUAUGAUCAAACUACUAUAUCUUCAAAAGGUGAUGCUAUUAAUGAAUUUAUGAGAUCAUAUAAUGUAUAUGGUGGUUUAUUGGGUGGAAUUGUUUUAAUACUAGGUUUAAUUUAG